AUGGAGUCGGGGCUGCUGCGGCGCUCGCCUGUGAACGAAGUCAUCGUCCUCCAUUACAACUACACCGGCAAGCUCCGCGGGGCGCGCUACCAGCCUGGCGCGGGCCUGCGCGCCGACGCCGCGGUGUGCCUGGCGGUGUGCGCUUUCAUCGUGCUGGAGAACUCGGCCGUGCUUUUAGCGCUCGGAUGCAACCCGCGCUUCCACACACCCAUGUUCCUGCUCCUGGGCAGCCUGAUGCUGUCGGAUCUACUGGCUGGCGCCGCCUAUGCAGGCAACAUCCUGCUGUCCGGGCCGUUCACGCUGCGACUGUCGCCCGCGCUCUGGUUCGCGCGUGAAGGAGGCGUCUUCGUGGCCCUUGCCGCGUCGGUGUUAAGCCUCUUCGCCAUCGCGCUCGACCGUCGCCUCACCAUGUCGCGCCAGGCACCCGCUCCCGCCGUUAGUCGGGGGCGCGCGCUGGCGCUGGUGGCUACCAUCUGGGGAGUGUCCCUGCUUCUCGGGCUGCUGCCGGCGCUCGGCUGGAAUUGCCUAGGUCAUCUGGACACCUGCUCCACUGUCUUGCCGCUCUACGCCAAGGCCUACGUGCUGUUCUGCGUGCUCACGGUCCUGGGUAUUCUGGCUGCUAUUUGCGCACUCUACGCUUGUAUCUACUGCCAGGUGCGCGCCAAUGCACGGCUCCCGCGGGUACAGCCGGGGACUAGCAGGUGCAUCUCAACCAGUAACCGCCGCAGGCCACGUUCGCUGGCACUGGGGCGCAAGCUCAGCGUCUUACUCCUGGCCUUCGUGGCGUGUUGGGGCCCCCUCUUCCUGCUGCUGUUGCUAGACGUGGCGUGCCCCGCACGCGCCUGUCCUGUGCUCCUGCAAGCUGACCCCUUCCUGGGCCUAACCGUGACCAACUCGCUCCUGAACCCCGUCAUCUACACGCUAGCCAACCGCGACCUGCGCCACGCGCUCUGCCGUGGCUGCCACCCCUGUGGUCAAGGCCCUAGUGGCUUCCAGAGGACUGGGAGCUCCAUGGGGGCUUCUGGCGGCCUGAACUGCUGCCUUCCACUGGGUCUCAGGGGCAGGUCCUCGAGCCCAGGCGCACCCAAGACUGCCCAGACCCUAGUACUCCAUCCAGUCGCAGACUGA